UUUAUAGAUCUACUUAGUUUAUACGAGAAAGUAAAAAGUGAAAACAAAUUAUUGUCUGUGUAAUGAGCUAUUAUUUAAAUAACUAAAAAUAAAAGCAUGUGUCGCCUUUUAAAUUUUAGUAAAGAUAUUUUUAUUUAAAACAUCUAGUUUAUAUAGAUCUAGAUCUCUAGAUCUAUUCAUUCUUUGAAACAGAAAUUGGGCCGUAAAGACGGUGGAGGCAUUUUAGAACCCUAUUUUACUAAAUCCCCUGGUGGGAGGGGUUAAAUUUAGUUGACGGUGCGCUUAUUAUAUUGCUUAGCUAUUAGUAAAAAUUAUUCAAGUUUAUUUUGGCUAAACUCUAUAGAUCUAAACCCUGAGCUAGGUGGACAAUAUUACUAAUAACCAGCAUGUCUUCCUUACUGCAAGCUAAGGCCCUUCUUCGGCAGCAAAUAAAACAUGCAUUAAAGGAGUUAACCGAGCAAGAAAAAGAACUUCAAUCCAAGAUCAUAUUGCAAAAAGUGUUAUCUUCAGAAAUUUAUAAAGCCAGCCAGAGGAUUUCAAUUUUUCUUCCAAUGAAGGAUGAAGUUAAUACUCUACCAAUUUUGAAGUCUAUGUUUGAUGCAGGCAAGCAGUGUUAUAUUCCCCAUUAUGAAGGUCAGAGUAUGAUCAUGGUGCAACUAGAAUCAUGGGCCGCCUAUGAAAACUUGCCUAUAAACUCCUGGGGUAUCAGGCAACCUUCAGUUUUUGAUUCCAAAUCUGAUGCCAACUAUACAGGAGGACUUGAUUUAAUCUUCAUGCCUGGACUUGCUUUUUCAAGAAACGGUGCUAGACUUGGAAGAGGAAAAGGUUAUUAUGACAAAUAUUUGCAGCAAUGUCUGCAGGCAGGGACACACCCAAAAACUGUUGCACUGAUUUUCAAAGAGCAGCUAGUCAAUCACAUCCCCACACUAGAACAUGAUAAGUUUGUUGACCAAGUCAUCUUUCCUACAUCCGAAGAAAUCAAUGCAAUUAAAACUUGAAUUUAUUA